GGUCAUUCCUCUGAACUUGAACACUAUGUGCCCCAGUGAAAUACAUCGGAAUAAUGCCUUGCGCCGGUCAAACCUGUACAUUCGGCCACAGGCCACAGGACCGCCAGUCCAGGCUCCAGCUGCUACUUUCACCCAGGCCACAGGACCGCCAGUCCAGGCUCCAGCUGCUACUUUCACCCAGGCCACAGGACCGCCAGUCCAGGCUCCAGCUGCUACUUUCACCCAGUCCACAGGACCGCUUGUCCAUUCUACAGUCGCCACUGGUAGCCAUAAUCCUGAGGAUAUGAGGGAAGACUUCUACAUGGACUCCUCUGAAUCAGAAGUUGAAAUCCUCUCUGUUCUCCAGUCUCCAGUCAGGUGCAACAGCCCCAAUGAUGUCAAAUGUCUGGCUGACAUUUUGAAAGACUUUCAAAAUGACCAUCUAGACCUCGGUUGCAGUAUCACAGUCAUUGCCAGGCGCAAAAACAUUCUUCAGAGUGCAUGUGUUGCUCUAAGCAGGAGCUAUUUUGCCUGGCAUAAACUGCCACAUAUCGAGUUCGUUGGGGAGAUGGCAGAGGACUAUGCACAAUGGACCAGGUGUCCGAUGCCUGAACCCAGACUUACUUCUGCUCAUGUGUGGCCAGAAGCCUGAGAUGACCUCCUUUGACCUGGAUAUUUUCCAGGAAGAGGAGUUGAAGAUGAAGCUUGAAAAUGUUGUGAGAUGCGGCACCAGUGAGGAGUUAGAGGAGCUCAAAUGCACAAUGGGGGACUGGAUAGCUGACUGUGGUGUGCCAAACAUUUACACAGCCUCUGUCAGGGACCUGCCUACAAUUCACGGGCAAAUAGUUACUCAUUACUUGUACCACAGGGUGGCCAGUAUGGUCCAACAGUUCAUUGCCGGGAUGAAUUCAUGUGGCCAGAUGUGGGAGAUUGUGGCGAUGAACUGGAGAGAGUUCCUCCCACUGUUCACAAAUGCAACACAGAAACUCUCCAGGAAUGACAUCAGGAACCUCUUCACAAUAUCCUGGAGUCCACAGGGCAGCAACCACAGAGAACAGGAGGAGGAGACGGUCUUCCAGUGGGAGUGCUGGCUGAUGUCCAUUCAAGAAGAAGAGAUGGAUAUUUCCUUCGAGGAGUUGCUGGUGUUUGUGACAGGGGCCGAUUCUAUCCCCCCUCUUGGGUUCCCGCAGAAAUGCCAGCUUGACUUCUAUAAUCAGGAGGAUGGGAGCUGCCGCAUUCCUUAUUCAUCAACAUGUAGCCUUUGCCUUUUCCUCCCGAGAGGGGUUACAGAAGAAGAGUUCAGAAGACUUAUGUUCCUUGCCCUGAAAGGGUCUCUUGGUUUUGGGAAGGUGUGAGGUAGAACAAAAAGUGUUCAUUUAAUGGGAAGUAGGCAUUGGAUUGUUUACACCAAUAAA